UCAGCCAGCGGGCCAACGGCAGCGGGUGGGGAGAGGCGCCGGCUUGUUCUCCUGCGGUGCUGCCGGGCCCUCCCGGGGCAGUGGGUGGAUCCCGGCGCAGGCGCGCUCCGAGGCUGGGCGCCACUGUGAUCAUGGAUGCGGCGCCAAACAGCUCGGUUUUGCGGCGUCUGCGGAUCCUCCUGUCAGCUCUGAAGCCCGGGAACCCGGUCCCUCGUGCCGGGCCUGCAGCCGCAUUCGGCACCUCCGUAACCUCUGCCAAAGUGGCUGUGAAUGGUGUCCAUUUGCAUUAUCAGCAGGCUGGAGAGGGAGAGCAUGCAGUCCUGCUGCUUCCUGGAAUGUUGGGAAGUGGAGAGACUGAUUUUGGACCCCAGAUUAAGAACCUAAAUAAGAAGCUCUUCACAGUGGUUGCGUGGGAUCCUCGAGGGUAUGGACACUCCAGACCCCCAGAUCGAGAUUUUCCAGUGGACUUUUUUGAAAGGGAUGCAAAAGAUGCUGUUGAUUUGAUGAAGACGCUGAAGUUUAAGAAGGUGUCCCUGCUGGGCUGGAGUGAUGGUGGCAUUACAUCUCUUAUUGCAGCUGCAAAAUAUCCAUCGUUCAUCAACAAGAUGGUGAUCUGGGGAGCCAAUGCCUACGUGACUGAUGAAGAUGAGAAGAUUUAUCAGGGUAUCCGAGAUGUUUCUAAAUGGAGUGAGAAAACAAGAAAACCUCUUGAAACCUUAUAUGGCUAUGACUACUUUGCCAAAACCUGCGAGAAGUGGGUGGAUGGCAUAAAACAAUUUAAACGUCUUCCAGAUGGGAAUAUCUGUGGGCACUUGCUGCCGCUGAUUCAGUGCCCCACCUUAAUCGUGCACGGAGAGAAGGAUCCGCUGGUCCCACGGUUCCACGCCGACUUCAUACACAAACACGUGAGAGGGUCGCGGUUGCAUCUGAUACGAGAAGGCAAGCACAACCUACAUUUACGUUUUGCAGAUGAAUUCAAUAAGUUAGCAGAAGACUUCUUACAGGAAAAAGGCCCCUGAGAACGGCAGGGACCUGGGGAUUCCUUACUGUGGGGCUUGAGCCUGUUGCUGCCUUUGAAACACACUGCAGUCCCUCCUUAGCUCACCUGCCUUCCCAUGCUUUCUACUCCUCCCUGCAAACUGCUCCCGGCCAAAAGAAAAUAAUACAUAUUAAAAUGUCUUCCAGCUCUAAGUGCUACAAAAAUUAAAGCUGAUUUUUUUUAACAUUGAA